AGCAUAUGAGUUAUGUUCGUCCAGUCCACUGUUUGUGCUUGAGUGUUUUGUGCUUGGGUGGUUUUCUGUUCGUACCUGCAAUCUUCAUAUUUUCGUUGCCAAGUGAAAAGGUGGAGCCACCACUUUACAAGAAAAAGCUCCACUGGUACUUGAAAAUCUGCAUACAGCUAAAAUAUGUCUGCGAGAGGUGCACGUUUGGAAUAUGUGGGAGACUUGGAUCUGCGUCAGGAGCAAUGGGCUGCUUCCCAGGCUUCAAAUUAUCUGGACUUCAUGGCCAACCUUGAUAUUGACCGUGAUCCCCGCACCAUUCGUAACUCUGGCCUGAUCUGUACUUUAGGGCCAGCUUCAAGGAGUGUGAAGAUAAUUGCCCAGUUGAUUGAGAAUGGCAUGAAUAUUGCAAGAUUGAAUUUCUCUCAUGGGACUCAUGAGUAUCAUGCAGAAACCAUUGAAUUGGUAAGGAAAGCAGCAGUUGAAGAAUGGCCUCAUGCUGUUGCUGUUGCACUUGAUACUAAAGGACCAGAGAUCAGAACCGGGCUGUUGAAAGGGGGUGGCACUGCAGAAAUUUCUUUGUCCAAAGGUGAUAUCCUAAAACUUACCACAGACAAGGCUUUCUUUGCUGAAGGAGACAACACAACCCUUUAUGUAGACUAUGAAAACAUCACAAAAGUAAUGAAGGAAGGUGGAAUUAUAUAUGUAGACGAUGGACUGAUUUCACUUAAAGUGAGGGAAAUAGGUUCAAACUAUCUUCUGGUUGAAGUGUUGAAUGAUUCUAAACUUGGGAGCAAGAAGGGUGUUAACCUGCCAAAUGUUGAAGUGGAUCUACCAGCUGUAUCUGAGCAAGACAAGAAAGAUAUACUUUUCGGUGUGAAACAUGAGGUUGACAUGAUAUUUGCCUCGUUCAUUCGUAAAGCUCAGGAUGUUCACGACAUCAGGCAUCUUCUUGGUACAAAAGGUCAAGACAUCAAGAUCAUUGCCAAGAUCGAAAACCACGAAGGAGUGAAAAAAUUUGACGAGAUUAUGGAAGCCGCUGAUGGCAUCAUGGUGGCCCGAGGAGAUCUGGGAAUUGAGAUUCCUCCAGAGAAAGUCUUUUUAGCUCAGAAAAUGAUGAUUGGUCGUUGCAAUAAAAACGGAAAGCCAGUGAUCUGUGCUACACAGAUGUUGGAAAGUAUGAUCAAAAAUCCUCGUCCAACUCGCGCCGAGAGUUCAGAUGUGGCUAAUGCCAUUCUGGAUGGAGCAGAUUGUGUUAUGCUCUCAGGCGAGACAGCUAAAGGCAUUUAUCCAGUGCAAGCUAUCGCCAUGAUGCACAAGAUUUGCCGUGAAGCAGAGGCUGCCAUUUAUCAUCGUCAAUUGUUUGAUGAUCUAAGGCAUACGAUGAACAGAGUGGCGGAUACACACGAAACCACAGCCAUUGCUGCUGUGGCUGCAUCAUUCACAGCAAAUGCAGCCUGUAUAAUUUGCCUUACACACACGGGAAAGACUGCUGAAGUUGUGUCACGAUUCCGGCCUCGUUGUCCAAUUAUAGUUGUGACACGUGAUGCGCGUGUGGCCCGACAGAUGCAUUUGUACCGAGGGUGCUUUCCUCUUAUUUACGACAAACCUCCCCAAGACAAUGUACUGGAGGAACAUGACGAGAGACUCGAGUUCGCGUUGGAUAUGGGAAAACGGAUGGGCUUCUUGAAACUUGGCAAUGCGUUCGUGUUCGUAUCUGGGUGGAAGGCUGGUGCAGCUCACACAAACACUAUCCGUAUACUGACUGUUAUGGAGGAAAAGAUUCACAUUGCCAAGAGCUUGUCGGAGUCCGCUGACCUUAAAGGAAAAAUGCAGAUUCCUAAGUAGUUUUCAACAUUGCUACCUACACUAGCUGUGUUGAAUCCUAAUUCACUGUUUUGUUGUUGUGUUCAGGGUGAAAUUAGCUUUGCUGACUAGGAUGGUUUUCCGUAUCCUGAUUGAUUUUUCUCCUAUAAGCAGAGUGAAUUUUGGAAGGAGCUUUAUAUUGAUCAUUGCUUUCGAUAGCUUUGCUUUCAUUUUUUCCAAUGUUUAGUUGUCUUUUUUUUUUUUUUUUUUAACGUGUUUCGUGGAUGUAGUUAAGUCAAAGCUCUAGAAGUGUAACAAACUUUUCAGUGAUAACGUGACUAGGUGUUAGGCCACCGAGAGAGAAAUCGUGCAGAUUUGUUGUGAAUAUACUGUGAGCGAAAAACAUGUUUUCUGGUGAGAAAAGAGUGAGACAACCGAGAUCUGAAUAGGUGACGAUAUUGAUUUUGAGGAAACUCUGUUAUGAUGUCGAAAAAGGAAUCAACGGCCAUCAAUUUUUAGGACAGAAGACUCGCUAAAUACUGAAGGCUGAUAUCAAUAAAUAUUAACUGAUGUUUAUGACGGAUCAAAAUAAAGAUAUGAACCAAAGAGACUCUUUAAUGUUGAGCCUUUUCCGGGAGCUUCUGCCAUAAACUGAUUUUUUUAAUUUCACGAGGUCUUUUAAGUUUUACAAACCUCUGAUUUUAACUUGUGAAAUCAAGCCAAAGUUUUAAAUUUUUUUCCAUUGUAGAUUGUGGUGCUUAAAUUAAAUACGCUAACCUUUACACAUUUUAUCGAACGCAAUUUGAAAUUGCUUUCUUUAUUGACGUAGCUUUAACUUGCGUUUGUUUACUUUAAAUCUAGGAAAAUAAAAAUGAAAGUUCGCGAUUA